AUGGCGGAAGCGACACCAGACAGUAGCAGUCUCAUACGCGAAUUGCAAACUACAACUCCACCGCCCGAAUCGAAACAGGCUCAGUUGGCAGAUCUUAUUGAGCGGGCUUCUGCCAAAGAUGCCAUUAAAGACUAUGACGCUGCUGCAGAGCUAUAUUCCCGGGCGACAGAGCUCCAAGCGGAGCUGAAUGGCGAAAUGUCGGUUGAGAACGCCGACCUGCUAUACUCUUACGGGAAAUCGCUGUACAAUCUUGCCGUGAGGAAAAGCGAUGUCCUCGGUUCAAAAGUCUCCGGUCAAGCAUCCAACCCACCUAGGAGCAUGACGGGAGAUCCUGCACGGAGAUCUGAGAUUGGACAACCAAAAGAGUCAAUCAUCGCCCGUGCGAUUGCAGAGGGUUCUACAGUCGAUGAGAAAGCUACGAGAAGCAUAGCUGACAGUGCAAAACCACAAUCAUCAUCACUUUUCCAGUUUACAGGGGACGAGGACUUUGAUUCGGGUUCUGAUGAGGAGAAUGACGGUGAUGCUGGCGAUGGAGCUCAGGAAGAGGAACAGGAGGAUGAAUUUGCGAACGCGUUUGAAAUGUUAGACUUGUCACGCAUACUCUUACUCCGGAAACUGGAAAAUCUGGAGUCGGAGAAGCAGGACGAGGAGCGCAGUGUGAAAGAACGACUUGCAGAUAUAUACGAUUUACAAGCAGAAAUUUGUUUGGAGGCUGAGAGGUUUGAGGAUGCUGUUACCGAUUUAAGGGCCUCUUUGGAGUUGAAAACGGAGCUGUUUCCAUUAGAAGACGCUAGCGUUGCGGAGUGUCAUUACAAGCUCUCCCUGGCUUUAGAGUUCUCAUCCAUAACUCCUGAAAAGGAGGAGAAUGGUCAAGGUACUACCGGCGAGCAGGUCACAAAAGUUGACAAGGAAAAGAGAAACGAGGCAGCAAACCACAUGGAGACCGCGAUUCGGAGUUGCAAAUUAAGGAUAUCAAAAGAACUACAGAAACUUGAUAACAUGGAGGAAGAUACCGUCAACAAAAUCAAAUCGAAUAUUGAAGAUGUUAAGGAAAUUGUUUCUGAUAUGGAGCAACGACUUAUUGAGCUUCGUCGACCUCCAGUGUCUAUAAAUGAUCGCAAAAACGGUUUCUCAGAUUCUAAUGCUCUCAACGGAAUCCUGAGUCAAGUCCUAAGCCAAUCUUCAGAUACUGAUAAAGCCACUAUGCUACAGGAGGCCAUGAAAGGCGCAAACGACCUUUCGUUGUUAGUCAGGAAGAAGAAACGGACUCCGACAACGGCGGAAACUUCAGAUGAAGUAGAGCCCUCCGGAAAGCGUCAAUUAGAGCCAGAGGCCGGGACCGCAGACGAGCCGAGCCCAGGCAAAAGAGUUAGACUGGAUCAUGGAAGUUCAGACGAGUAA